AUGUCUACUGAGUUGAAGAUCCAAAAAGCUCUCGAAGAGCGCAUUGCACGUGCCGCAUCACGUGGAUUCACGCAAGAGUACCAGGAAGAGCGGGAACAGAGGGACAAUACUGUUUCCCACCGUGCACUUGCACCAGCGACACUUCAAAAAUAUGAAGAAGCGGCUUUGAACUGGGCUCUAUGGAGAUUGUCCCGCAACGAACCAACAGACGCGAAUUUCUCUAAAGAUGACCCUGAUCCCACACCCCAGCAGCUUAAACUCUUCGCGGAAUUCGUUAUUACCUCGUCCAAAACACUUCCAUCUCAACAGACUGCGUGUCACAAGUUUACCAGUUUCACGUCGAAAUGGGAGCGCAAAACCUCUAGGUCUCUUCCGGAGAAAAUCAAACACGAUGUCCUUAAUUUUAUUCGGAAUGAAUUAACACCGAAGUAUAGUUUGUGCACGAAGCCUAGAGAGCGAUAUUUGGUGACGGCAAAGGAUAUGGAUAUACUCCAGAGGCACCUCUUUAUUGACGACUGCCACGACUAUAAACAUGAGAGAGCGAGAGUACAGACUGGGAGCUCUCUUGCUAUCUUUGCCGGAUCUGGUGCAAGAGCUGGUGCAAUAGUCGAGUCAAGUGCUUAUCGCAACAGCAACGAAUGCUUAUACUAUAAGCAUAUUAAAUUCCAGGUCAAAUGGAGCAGAGAUGGCGGGGGCUUAAAGCGAUGGGUAACAAUCGAUCCCGAGUUUCUAAAGGGAUUCCGUUAUCGAGAUGAUGCGACCUCACCUAAGAACUGGUUCAAUGAACAUCCUGUUCUUGGGAUGAGUUUUGUAUUCUGGGUCAUCGUUCAUGGUGUUGCCGACGGUGCCUUCAAAGGCUGUGAUACGGUGGAGCAAGUUCUUGCUACAAAACCGCCCAAAGGCAGAGAGUCAUUGACAUUUGACUGGAAUGAAAAUGUGAAAAAUCUUGCUUUUUUCAGGAUGAUCACUCCCGAAGGGCCUCAUGCGAGCAGAGGCUUGACCUUCGGUUCUUUGCGUCACAACUUCGCGAGCUUAGCUGAACGAGCCUGCUUCCGAAAUAAGUUACGGGUACAUGGAAUUCGAGGAGGUGUUGCAAAUAAGAUUGAUCCUAAGGCAUCCGAAGCGACUCGUGGGCAGGCAUUAGACCACCAGAACCACGAUACUUAUAUAAAAUACCAAUCUUCCCUUAAAGCAUUAGAUAUCCAAGCCAUAUACUAUGAUUUGGAAUCUGAUUUCGAAUGCCGAGAUAUGGAACUGAGCAUGGCGCACCAUCGAGACGCGAACGCCCCUCAAAAACUGGACGCAGCUGCUAUCGCGCAAUUUGAAGCCGAAGACGACGUCAUUGCGAUAAACGACAGAAUCCACAACCUAACUCGGGAGAUUGACGGCAAACCUGAGGAUCACAAUGGACUUGUACUUGAGAGGUCUCGGUUUUAUAAUCAGAAAGCCAAACGAUUGCGCGCAUGGAGAUCCGACUUUAUUGAAAGAUGGUGGGAAGCAUCGUAUGAGGAAUAUCUCUCUGGGAACAAUUUCCUUGAGCGCGACAACACUCCUCUUUUCGAAAUUUUCAAGAAGUAUCUACCAGAGCGUGCCAGAGUCAGAGUGAAUUUGUUCAAGAAAACGACAUUGGAUAGCGAGACUGGCCGACAAUGCUUGGAGGAUAUGGUCAUGCUUUGUACAUCCGCAGAGCGGACUGUCUAUUACCCCGAAAUGUCACCUAAAGAUGGAAGCUGCCCAAUAUGCUUGAAGGCGAUGUUUGAGUGA